AUGGCUUCGCCGAGACGGGAUUUCUCCACUACCGUGAUCGCCGGCCUCGGCGCCGUCUUUUUUGCUAGUUUUGUCAACAGCCGCCGCUUUCCGCAGGAUCUCUUUCGCCCGCGAAACGAUCCGCGCGUCCUGUGCGAGUGGGGCAGCUUGACUAUUGCUCUCCACUGCCAGGCAGGGAGCAGGGAGCCCGAGUGCGCAGAGACUCCCCCAAGCAACAGGGUUGAAUUGAUCGGGCUAUCUCGCCCUGCGAGAGGGCUAGACAUGAUCCGCAACGUCUUGGUCAUGAAGAGUGGUCUGGUGCUGUUCUCACGAGAGUUUGCAAACACAGUGCAACAGCCGAGACUGCUGGGCUCUCUGCUGACGGCAAUGGUGGAGUUCUCCAAGGUGGCGGCGGGGAUGCAAGUGGCCUACGUCGAGCUAACCGGCGUGGGGGUAACGCUCGUGGGAAACGAGGCUACCAACACGUUCUGCGCUCUGUUCCACGACAGAGAAGACGGGGCGACGUUCGGGCGGCUCAUCGCAUCGGAGAUCCUCAACGCUUUCUUGGAGGCGCACGCGAAAGACAUCAAAGAGGCGUCUAGCCUCAACCUCAAGGACUUCAUGGCCUUCAAGUAUCGAAUACCCGGGAUCGUGCGAAAAUCUGUUCAACCAGUACUGGGGAAACUCGUGCACGUGAAGGGCAUCUUGAGAUGCGUGCUGGUGACGGAGACCUCGGAGACGUUUCAGACGGCGGAGAUUGACCAGCUGGGGUUGCUGGCCAACUUGCAGGCCCUUGUCGGCAUCUCCACAGACAUAAUGGCACAAGCGGGGAACGGGUGUGUGUCGAUGUCGCUGGAGAGCAGCAGCAACUCUAGAAUAUUGAUCUGGAGGAUAGACGCGUGGACGCUAGUCAUCGCCGUACACAAGUAAAGGCGGAGAACGGGAGGGGGGGGGGGAGUAGAAGCCCCUACCACGGAGAGAAGGAAACGUGUUGCACGCGAUGACGCGCAGCAGUCAAGCUCAGCCCACCACCGAGGAGACUGCGCCGCCGCACAGCGAGCGACAUGCAAAGGAGGUGUGGAAGCUGUGGAGGUGUACUUGUAAGGAGGAGACAGCAGUAGCGCCUCGUUCUACCCUCGCGUUUGCUCUCUCUCCGUCCCCUCCGAUUGGCCUUGCGUCGAUGCCUCUCCCCCGGGAAAUCAUUCUGGUUGGCCAAGAUACGUGUACAUAUAUGUACGCCCCGACGCACGCUUGUCCCUGGUCGUCGUACACGAGCGAGGCGGGUCGAUCUGGUCGGGCUGCGGCUGCGGUUCCGUCAAAGUGUGUCGGUUUUGUUUUGUGACGAUCGAAGUGAUUCGAUUUUGCAGUUUGGUGCGUGUACAUGCGGUCGCAGUUCGUGCCCGCCCGUUACAGAAGAAACUCAAGGGAUACUGAAGUAAAUAGGCCCGUACCUCUCGUUUUCAUAGCGCACGGAACCUUGCACGGUAGGGGGUGGUCGUUGUCUCUUGGGUUGUUUCUUGGUUGUGGCCGUGUUGGCGUAUGCGGGUCCGGCACGCAUCUGUUCACUUUUUUUGCAUCGCUUGUGCAUCAGAUGCAACCUGUUGCCUACCCUUUUUUUGUUUCUUCGCUUGUGGCGCUAGUAUACCCCCCCCCUCCCCCUGUGUGAGGCAAGAGGCCUGUUCCUGAUGGGGGAUAUUUCGUCCCUGACACCUGGCGUGUCGUUAGAGCUACGCACGCGGGAGGCAGGUUGUCUGGGACACGCGGCGUGUUGUUGUUGGCCAGGAGCAUGGGAAUCGGUCUUCUACGCUUGACGAGAGGACGAAAAGCUUCCUGCCUUGCUGGCCACCGAAAUGGUGUUCACUUUUUGAUAGUUGCGCCAAGAAGCGAGCAGGGGGGGGGGGGCGGAGCGAAGCGUUCCGCCGCCGCCCCCUCUACAAUAGGAAUAUUUAUUCGAAUUUGUUUGUACCAUCUAAGGACAGGGAGUUAUUACGUAGGGGAAGAACUCGUAAGGAGCAGUCUUGAAUUAGUAAACGCGCACUAAGCAUGAGUACGCAUGGAAUAAGUGGGAACAGGUAGAAGAGCGCGCCUCUAUGUUUUCUCUCAAUUAAUCUUAAAAGAAGGGUUAUUAACCCAUCGUAUGCCGCGGGGGGGGAGGGAGUGGGCGUACUCGUGAAUUGUAACUCUUUUUUUGUUUGUCGCGAGCACGUACAUGAAGUGUUCACCCGGGGUUUAACUUGGGAAACAAAGGCAUCAGCCGUCCGUUGUUAUUGGGUAUCGUUUUCUUAAAUUUUCCAGCUCCUGUUCCUUCUCUUUCCGGUCGAAGGGUCUCUCUAUUUUACGUAUGAGUUAGUCAGGGAUGUGUGGGGUUGUGUGCCCGUUACUUGUAGUCUAUAUGUUGCCGCGCCUCCGAACCUUCAACCUAUACCCCCUCGAUGCCUGUAAAGCGCUCGAUGAGGGCGGGGGCGCGGCACGUGUGUAUGUGUCAUUUUAAUCAACUUUUGUAGCAAAGUCACGACCGGGGCGAUUGAGUGUGUGAGUGACGACACUGAAGAUAACGUCACAGGAGCCCCCAAGUAGUGGUGUGUUCGCCAAGGCCGUACGUAGUAGCGUGUCGGCGUAGGCCUGCUAUACGCCGCACCGGUAUCCCUACGCAGCCGAACGAGGGUUGUGUCACCCUCCAGGCACGAGGUGCUGCGCCACCCAAGCGCAAUCUUCCUCCUGCCCUGUGUGCACGGAGGGGCGCCCGCCGUGAUGUGUGACGGGGGCGUUGUUGGUAGUUGGUUGGGACACGUCAGUCCAAAAAGGAUGCUUGCGGUCGAAGUUAAAAGGCGGUAGGGUGGUGUGUUGUUGUUGGAGGGUUGGCUUGGUAGACCAUGUACACUAUGUACUUCAUCUCUUUACUCCUAGGAUUUGAGUUUUUUUUUCUUAUUUAAGGACAUGGACAACCAU